CCGCGCGUCCCUUAGUCCACCUGCACCAGACAGGAGAGCAGGCUCCCCUGCCUCCGCGACCGUAAGGCGCUCGGCGAGCCCGGAGCUUGGGGCUUUUCCUCCCAGGCGGAGGGAUCCACGGCGGCCGAGGAGGCGGCGCUGAGCCUACGAGGAAGAGGCAGCUACGGCGGCGGCGGCUGUGGCAGCAGCGCAUAAAGGGGCCGCCGCCGGGUGAUGCGGUGACCGCUGCGGCAGGCCCAGAAGCUGAGUGGGCCUCGGCCCUCAGCUCGUCGGAUCUGCGCUCCGGAGCUCCCCGUCUUCUCCGGAGCUCCCCGUCUUCUCCGGUCGACUCGCGACCGCUCGGGCGGUCUCAAGCCCCCUCGCCCCUUCCCCGUCCCUCCCCCGUCCCCGUCCCCGCCCCGGGGGCCGUCGCCGCCGUUUCCCACCAUGGCUCUGAAGAGAAUCCACAAGGAAUUGAACGACCUGGCCCGAGAUCCUCCAGCACAGUGUUCAGCAGGUCCUGUUGGAGAUGACAUGUUUCAUUGGCAGGCUACAAUAAUGGGGCCAAAUGACAGCCCCUAUCAGGGUGGAGUAUUUUUCUUGACAAUUCAUUUCCCAACAGAUUACCCCUUCAAACCGCCUAAGGUUGCAUUUACAACAAGAAUUUAUCAUCCAAAUAUUAACAGUAAUGGCAGCAUUUGUCUUGAUAUUCUACGGUCACAGUGGUCUCCAGCACUAACUAUUUCAAAAGUACUUUUGUCCAUCUGUUCUCUGUUGUGUGAUCCCAAUCCAGAUGAUCCUUUAGUGCCUGAGAUUGCUCGGAUCUACAAAACAGAUAGAGAAAAGUACAACAGAAUAGCUCGGGAAUGGACUCAGAAGUAUGCGAUGUAAUUAAAGAAAUUAUUGGAUAACCUCUACAAAUAAAGCUAGGGGAACUCUGAAAGAGAAAGUCCUUUUGAUUUCCAUUUGACUGCUUUCUAUGAGCCCACGCCUCAUCUUCCCCUGUGCACAUGUUUACCUGACACAGCAGUGCUGCGUGUUGUACAUACUUGGAACAACAGACUAGAAAUGCUGUACUUCUGUACCAACAUUGCCUCCUAGCAGAGAAGUGUGUGUGUGUGAGAAGCCAGUUCUCCGGGCGUAACCUAGGUGUGAGACUAAGAGCUUUCCUUAUUGACUAAACUUUGGAUAAUGGCAAGAAGUGAGGGGUAGUGGGUACACAGUGUGUGCUUGAAUGGGAGGAAAAGCUCCAGUGACCCAUAGGAGAUUGUUCUUAAGUGGAACCCAUCCAGUCUCAAACAGUCAUAAAAAGCAAAGUGAAGAACGUGAAGCUGUUUCUGUAUUCAUUUCAUCCUGAAGGACCUACAACUUAGGUGAAAGUUAUGACCAAACAGAGUAAACUCCAUGUUGUGUUUUAAGGUCUGAGGUUAACUGAUCAGCAUUGCAAUGGACUGGAGCUGUUAGUACAUAGAGUGUGGUGGGCUCUGUCCCACACUCUCCCAUCUCCCUGCCCUUUCAGCCUUCCUCCUUUAGCCCCUUCCCAUAAUCUUUGGUUUGUAUGUGGUUUCUCAGUUAAUUCAUAGCUAAUAGCUCUUAUUUUUCUUAUGUUUUUAACUGCUUUAGGCCUAUUUCGAUGUAAGGGUGAAAAUUUAUUUGAUGGAAAUACUUGUGUAUAUUUAAAGACCCAGUUUGCUCCUCUGGAGCUUGUACGUUCAAGAAUGAUUAAUCUGUGUAAUAAACUGAUUACUACAGUCAUUACAUAUAAUUUUGUGUGAAUAGGCUUUUUGAUUUAAAAACUUGAUCUAGCUAAGAUUAGUGGUGGAUUUUUCCUCACCCCUGAAAUGUUUUCAUUUAUAUUUGUUGCAUUUCAAAAUCAUGAAACAAUUCCAGUUUACAUACAAAAGAUAUGAGUAAUUUUAUUAAACAAAUAGAGGCAUAAGCUUAAAGGCAUUUUCAUGAAACUUAUAUGUGCACCAUUCCAGGAACAUGACUGUUAAACUAAAUAAAUUCGCUUUGUUAAUGAAACUGAGCAGCAUUUCACCAAAACCUUGUGACAGUCUCUUGGUACAUAGGACAUAGAACACAAAGGUAUUGCUGUUUGAUAAGUUAAUUGAUUGUAAUUAUAAAAGAGUAACUGACCAAACCUGGGAAACAUGAGCACAAUCUUGUAUUGGAGAGUCUACGUUAUUACUUUGCACUAACAUUUGCGGGGUGUCCAUCGAUUUUAAAUUGUACUGUAUGUGGCUUUUUGAAGUCUUCCCUUGACUCUAGUAAAAUGUAGUUUGAAAUUUGUAAACAACUGUUAAUCCAGAAACAUUCAUGUGAACUAGGCAAGUGCCCCUCUGUCCCUUCUCCCAACCUAAAUGUGAGCCGGGCCGUCUUGAAGGCCACGGCCGAUGCGCUCUGGCCAUCAGGACCUGUGAAAGGCAUCUUUACACUCUUGCACAAAAACUGAGGAAUAAAUAACCACUGCUUUUGGUUUUAAA